CGGAAGUAAACAUUUACACCCAGACAGCCGAGUUCCUGUUCUCACUUCAGAUGGAAACUCUGAUCACUGAUCACUCCGUCUGUGUGAAGAGGAGGAUGAACAUCUGCAGCUGCCUGCUAGCCUUAGUGCUGGGCUGGAACGCCACCGCAGAAAUAAUCCAUCAAACAGUCGAGGUAAAGACCUCAGUCUCUCUUCGUUGUCCUCACUCUGUGGAGAGCAUCGUGACGUGGAGCAGAGAGAGUAAUGGACGUAAAGUUGACAUUCUGACAGUUGGAGUCGACACGGACAUAAGACACAUUGAUGACCCGCAGAAACGAUACAGUUCAGAGGCAGAUAAGUCUCUGUACAUUCGCAGUGUUACCGUCUCAGACUCUGGAAUAUACUUCUGUAACAGUGAAGCAGCUGUGGAGCUGACGGUUAUCCCACCAGCUGAAGGCCAAACCACAACCUCAACUAUCACGCCUAAAACAAGACCAACAAGUGUACCAUCAACUACACACCUGACUAAUGAAGGCACGACUUCAACAACAAAAAGACACAAAAAGAAAGAGAGAAAGAAUAAAUGUAACAACACAACAACAAGCUCAACCCCCACAACUACAACAAGACAAACAACAGCAGCAACAAAAGGAACAACUUCAACAACAGCUACAACAUUAACAACGGAGUCAAACACAACGGAGGACCCACCACCUCUUCGUUUAGUGUUUGGAAUAGUCGCCUUCCUCCUCGUGAUCAUCAUCGUCGUCUACUUUGCUUGGAGACGCAGGAUUGAAAGACGAG